AAGACCAUCUCGCAACAACAGUCUAUGCAGAGGAUCGACGAAAAGGUUAAGAAGAAAAAACAGCAAAUAAUAAAGAGAACAAAAAAUGGGAAGUGAAGUAGAAGGAAAUCGGGCGAUAAAGGUGGUCGCUCUCUGUGGUUCCCUUCAAAAAACAUCCAAAAAUCGGGGUAUCAUACGUGCAGCAAUGAAAAUGUGCUCGGAGUCAAUUAUAAGAGGGAUGGAAAUGGAAGAUGUUAACAUCUCAGAAUUGCCAAUGAUGAAUGUGGACCUUGAGGUGAAUGGUACAUAUCCCCCUGUUGUCGAAGUGUUUAGAAACAAGAUUCGUGAAGCUGAUGCUGUGUUUUUUUCUACUCCGGACUAUAAUUACUCUGUCACACCACUGUUAAAGAAUGCACUAGAUUGGGCAUCAAGACCGCCGAACGUUUGGGCAGACAAGCCAGCAGCAAUGGCUAGUGUGCAAGCAACUAGCAGAAGUGGGCAAUACCAUCUUCGUCAAAUUGGAGUUUUCCUUGACAUUCAUUUCAUAAACAAGCCUGAAUUCUUUGUGAAUGGAGUUGAACCUCCUCAAAAGUUUGAUGAAAAUGGUGACUUGAUUGAUCAACAGCUCAGGCAGAGGUUACAGAACCUCCUCCUUGCAUUGCAAGCGUUUACACUCCGCCUUGUUAAAGGCAAAUCUCCAUAGUUAUAGUUUCUAAAAGGUGUCAGGCGUUAAACAUGUCGUUCACUUCUAGUCGUAUUCAAAUGAGAAGUCAUUCUUAGUUUUUAUUCUAAUCGGGUUAGGUUAUCUUAAGGUUUAUUGUCAAUUUACGACUUAUUAUGGAAAAUUAUUACGUUUAUUAUCGAUCUUGGACGAAUGUCAUCAUUUCACUUUAUUGUGGCCAUGGAGUCAUGUAAUUGCCGUUAAAUUUAUCUUUAAAUUGAAUAAUUAAGUUUGAGUUA